CCCAUCACGCGCCAAAGUUGAACAUCUCUCGUCCCAGCAUGUUUUCGCGCCUCUUUCAACGCGUCGCACUGCGACCUCUUUCACUCAAUGUGUCCAGCGUCGCGCGGACGGCCGUGCAGCCCCUAUCAGGCGCGAUGCCGCCCAUGGUUCAUACGCGUUCGCUGAUGGCCACGGCCUACCUCGCGAUGCCAGCAGCGAAGAGCACCGUGAAAAAGCCAGCAGCCAAGAAGACUGCGACUACGACCAAGAAGGCUGCCGCAACAAAGAAGACUACCGCAAGCAAGACGACUGCAACAAAGAGGAAGACUGCUGCAAAGAAGACUACGACUGCGAAGAAAGCCAAGGGCGUGAAGCCCAAGAAGCGCGUUUCCAGGAUUGCAGCGAAAGCGAAGGCUGUUAAGAAGCCAAAGAAGAAGGCGGCCAAGCCCAAACCCAAACCCACACUUCUGAAGAUGAAGAUACCCAAGGACCAGGAGCCUCCCAAGGGUCCUGGGACCGCGUACAUCAUCUUCGUCACAGAGUAUUUCAAUACGCAUAAAGCAGAAGGGUUGGCCAAUGCGCGAAACAGAGUUAGCGAGGCCGCCAAGGCAUGGCAGCAGCUGUCGGACGAAGAUCGCCAGAAAUACGAAGACCUUCGGCGAGAGAAAGUUCAACUGCACAACAUCGCGCUGACGAAGUAUAUGGAGACGGUUGACCCGAAGAUAUAUCGGGCGCUGACCCUACAGCGAAGGGCGAAGGGAAAGCCGAGUUUCCGUAUUCCUGAGGCUGUCAAGAGCGCAAUUGAUAGUCCUCCGAUACGAAACCCCUAUGCUCGCUUUGUGGGCGAAUACGCAAAGACCAUUGAGACACCCGCAGACCUGUCUGGCCUUGCGAUUGGCCGGUAUCGUUUCGAAGAGGCUGCGAAGAAGUGGAAAACCAUGAGUGACAGCGAGAAGCAGAUUUACAAGGACGCAACCGAAGCGGAGAUUCGCGAGUACGAAGCUAAGAAGGAGGCCGCCGUUUAAGUACUUGACGCCGAUUCUCAUGUUGAUGGGCUCCAAAGUGUAGAAUAGUUCAUUGUCUCCGAUC